UCACUCCUACCUUAUCUACAUUCUUACAUGUAUUCGACUUAGCUAUCGGAGAGUCGAAGGCCAACAACCCCAAUCUUCCCUCUGACCUCUGUUCAUGGUUGUUCUUGAUUGUUUCACUGCUUUGAUGUCUCGAGAUAACAGUAUGCUUGCUUAUAUGCAUACUCAGACUUUUAGUUAGGUUGAGAUUGAAGGUGUUGCCAAUGUUGAAGAAAAAGAAGCAUCUUGAUCUCCAACGACUCCCUGAACAUGUUGUAUUCAGCAUUCUCUGCCGGCUGCCAGUGAAGUCCUUGAUCCGCUUCACUUGUGUCUCAAAACGGUGGCGUUCUGUUAUAAUUUCCGACCACCAAUUUGGCAACUCCCAUUUUCAACUAGCAGCAUCUCAGCUCCGUCAUAAUGUCCUCAUCUCCAGGUCCCCUGACUACAUUUCAGAAGGUACACAAUUUCAAUCCUUAGAAGAUAACUUUUCGAUCAAAAAUCUCACCUGCCCAUUCCAGCGGUAUAGCACAAUUCAAGUAAUGGGCUCUUGCAAUGGUUUGGUAGUUUUAGCUAAUUUCUAUCCCAAUGUUUUGAGCUAUUGGCCUUGUUGUCUUCGCGAUCGUUAUAACAUUUUAGUAAUGCGGAACCCAUCAACUGGAUUCUUCCGCAAGAUACCUUAUCCAAAUUUUCAAAUUGGGAGCAAAAAAUGGACACUUGAAAAUAAAGAGAUCCGUGUGUAUUAUGGUUUUGGUCAAGUGUCGGCCUCCAACGACUACAAACUUGUGGUGAUACUAAAUUAUGGUGGUUUCAUGGAAGUACGUGUGUUCUCAGUCAGAGCCAACUGUUGGAAAGUUGUUAAAGCUCCUUACUUGUCACCAUACCGCCCCUGGUCUGAAGAAUUGGGGACUUACUCAAAUGGAGCAAUUCAUUGGGUCAGUCUCCAUGAACCUGGUUUUUUGGAGCCACCUGUCUAUGCUUUUGAUCUCGCAAAUGAGGAGUUUCGGGAAAUGCCAUUGCCUGUUCUUAGCCAUAAUGAAUAUGGCAUGCAAAUGACGCAAACAAGAACUCCAGUUCUUUUAGGAGGAUGUCUUUGUGUGAUGUUUCAGGAUGCUGACUAGAACAGUGAAUUUUGGGCGAUGAAAGAUUAUGGGCUGCCUGAAUCUUGGGUUAAACUCUUUGGGUUUAAGCUACGUGAUUUACCGGAUGUGUUUAAUUCAUUCUUUAGCAUCUUUUUCUGGAAUCCUAUUUACAUUGCAGAAGACGGUACAGUUGUGAUCAAAGUGCCUUCCAAGAUGGAGGUGAUCAGGUUUAAAUGCCGUAAAGAAGAGAAGCCGGUCUGCACCGACCGGUACCGUCUUGAGGAGCUGCUGCCAUGUAAGGAUGACUAUGAUCCCUGUAACCACACAAAAAAGUAUCUAUUUAGUGCCAUUUUGUAUGAUGAAACUCUAGUUUCGAUACCUGAAUGAUUGUGGUGAUUCAUGUGGCUUGAGACUCAGAAGCCUGAAAAACUAAGAAGCAAGAGCUGAAAUGAAGAGGGAUUGCUGCGUCACCUGCGUGCAUUCUAUUGCUGGUUUCUUUUUGGGUUUUAACUAUUGUAAUUUGGAUUGCAUUCUAUUGCUGGUUUCUAUUUUAGGUAUUGUAAUUUGGA